AAUUUGGUAUAAAGAUGGACAGGAAGUGGACAAUACAUACUCGAGCUCUGGAGGUCGAGAGGCCACCAAUAUAUACACUUUUAAGGUUAAACCCAAUGAUAACAAUGCUAUUUACAAAUGUGAGGCCACUAACGAUGUCACGACUCAACCUCAAGGUCGCCAAUUUCACCUGUAUUUACCUCAUUUUGUCCCUUCCCAACCGCUAA